AUGCAGGUGAAGGUCCGUGGGGCGCCACUUAUCGCCGUGAUAGGCGCACUUGGAUUACUGAUUGAGAUGUCAGGGCGGGUGUUCAAAGAGCCUGAAGAAGUUGUUGCAUACAUCAAGACUAGGGCCCAGUACUUACUUGACUCUCGCCCAACUGCUAUAAAUCUUCGAAAUGCCAUGGAUAUGAUUUUGAAAGCAGUCAUGGUUGAGGGUGAUGAGAAAAUUAAGAAGCAGAGUGUUAUUGAAAGUAUCCUAAAGCUCGUACAUGGCGAAACGGAGGAAAACCGAAGGCUUGUGUGGAACGGUUUUCAAGAGGGCAUGCGUCUUACUUCCACCGAACUUCGCCAUGCUAAUGUGCCUUUCAAAAUAAUCACUGACAACAUGGCAGCCUGGACUAUGAAAACGCAUAAGAUUGACGCUAUACUUACUGGCAAAGUGGCCCUCAAUGGAGACACAGCAAACAAAAUUGGUACUUACAUGCUGGCUGUGCUCGCCAAACAUCACAAUGUACCGUUUUAUCCUGUCGUUCCGACAACCACAAUAAAUCGUAAAAGAGAAUCUGGCGACAGUAUACCCAUUGAGGAGAGACCAGCAGUAGAAAUGUUGUCUGUAAAUGGAGUUUUUGUUGGCGCUGAAGGUACACCAGUAUGGAAUCCAGCUUUUGAUGUAACACCAGCGGAACUGAUUACGAAGAUUAUCACAGAUCGAGGCAACUUCGCACCUGAGGAGUUGAAGCGAAGUCUAUGCUGA